UUAUCUUCUUUCCUAGCUCUCUCCCCCCGUGCGAGAGAGAGAGAGAGAGAGAGUUCGACGUCCAAGACCUUUAUAUCCCCGAGUAUAGUACGUACAUCCAUCUGAUCUGUGGUUGAUCCUCCGCUCGCUCGGUUCUCUUCCCUCAUCGCUCGGUACCUACAGUACAGCUUGAGGAUCAACAAAUAUGUCACUGUCGGGUCAACAUGCCGCGCUGCACGAGUUUUUUCGAUGGGAGUCCCAGUCAUGGGUCGAGGUCGUGAAGGAUAUCACCACAGAUGAGAAGUCCUACUUUAUGCCACUGGAGAACUUGAGGACCUAUUUCAAGGCCAACGACAGCAAGAAGUUGAAUCGGAUUCUGUGUGAGGUGUUUGGGACAACUUUCCCGCCCGUUGACUCGGACUUCAUAUUACGCGAUCACACGGCCGUUUUUGUCAUCCUGUUGCGGAUCGGGCAGGGGAAGCUGAUUGAACAUUUUGCCCAAUAUGAAGAACUAUCAGACAGGCGAUUACCAUUCGAUCCAGUUAAUCCACCAAGAGAGCUUCUGGAAAUCACGGAAGAUAGAGAUAUCCUGGGCAGGUUUUGCGAGAAGCAGAUCAUGUACUGUGUUCCCGCCUUCAACGGAAAUAUGGUCAACAAGAAUUUUGGACGACGUUUACUUCCCAUCACAUCCAAGGAGCCACAGGGAACCGAAGGUUUGGCCGGGAGAUAUGUUAUCAAAGUAUUUGGGCCCUUGAAUAAACUGGUGCCAGCUGGACAAGAAACGACGAAUAAUCCGAACAUCAACACUUUCGUCCUGAAACGGUAUCCGACGAAAGAGGGUGAAGUGGAUUAUACGAAAGAAGUCAAUGGGUUCCGAAGUGUGAAGCAUGCGGAUAGCAUCAUAAAGUUUUAUGGUAGCUACAUUCUCGGCAAUGAUCGAAACAUUCUUCUGGAGUAUGCAGACAAGGGAUCUUUGGAGCACUUUUUCCAGAAAGAGACACCGCCGAGCCAUGGAGGAGAGGUUAUUAAAUUCUGGGAAGGCCUUUUCGGGUUGAUCAAGGGAUUGAAGGCCAUUCACUCGGUCGCAGAGGGACAUCAUGAUGUGAAGCCAGACACGAUAUCAGUUCUGAGUAAUGGAUUAGAUUCAGCUGAUUGUCUAUUCAAGUUUUCAGAUAUCGGACUCUCCGCUCGUGGCAAGGGUAAUAGGCAGUCGACCUCGAAUGAGAUGCAAGCUGCUCCAACUUAUGGAGCCCCAGAAUGCUACAUGCCAUACAACUCUGAUGACAGAGCUGUCAAGGGUCCCAGUAAAGUCACAAGGGCAGCUGAUAUUUGGUCACUAGGUUGCGUCUAUAGUGAGGCAGCAAUAUGGCUUGCGGACGGAUACAAGGGAUUACUGGACUAUCGAAAACAACGGAAAGCAGAGACAGACAGAAUUCUUUUCAAGGGUGGAGAAUGCUUUCAUGACGGCGAGCGGACACUACAGUCAGUUCUCGAUGCCCAUGCAGAUAUCGAGGAUCGACUCAGGAGAUCGGAUUAUAUCACCAAAGACGUCCUGGACACGAUGGUCGACGAAAUGCUGUGGGAGGAAGAUCGUCCUAACGCGAAGGCCUUGGCGCGGAAGGCCGAAAUGGUAUCGUCCAGAGCACGCCAGAAACUCAACACAAAUUCAGCAGGUUCUUCAGAUGGAUUUUCUCGACCUGGUAGUAGUCAAAGUCGAGCAUUGCCUUUACCACGCCUUCAGCCACCCACUGGACCCCUUCCACCAAUCCCAAGACCACCUCCAAGUCUAUCCUCGAUUUCAGAAAGGCAUCCAAAUGAUGUUGAGACUUGGCGAACAAGGAUCGAGCCCUCGUCUAGAUCUGUCAUCAAUGGACCGCCAAGCGUGAUCACUAGUCCUACACUAGCCAACAUCAAGAUGAUGAGUGCGAGUACUACUGAAAGUUUGUAUGAUCUCGACAAUGAGAUUGCCGGCUCUCUUGCAAGUUGGCAAAUGUCCGAUCAGAUGACUGACAUCAAUUCGGAAUCACCAAUUACACCAAUCACCUCGCCGCAUGUUAGCGUCAACUACGAUUUUCACAAGCAUAUUUCAAACGAGGGACGGCCAAGAGUACUGCGAACCAUAUCAAAUGAGUAUAGAGGUCCCCCUAGAGCCAUUUCUACUGGGCUUUCACACGCAAAUACCGAUUGGGAUACUGCCUCUACAGUAGCACCAGCUAGCGAACACCCAAGCAUGUUCAUCAAGGAUGCCAUCAAUAUGCCGUUACCCAGCGCAACCGAACGACAAGCCAUGCGUAGCGACUCUAGAUUCGACGAUGUCAAGACUCUUCGACGAGCUACUAGCCAAGCCAGCAGUCAACAAUCAAGCGCUCGUUCUGCAGCAUCUCGACACAGUGUUCAAGCGGAUUCUAGAUCUAUUGCUAGCUCCAAUUCCGACCAAGCCCCUAUACCGCCAAAAUCCUCCAAACGAUUGGGAUUCUCUCUCUUCCCUACCAAAUCUCGUCAAGCUUCACCGUUAUCUCCUUUGAGCCCUGAUAAUACUCGACCUACCACUGCAAGGGUUGAUUCGAGCGAAGAUGCUUCAAUGCCACGAUCAAUGCCGCCUCUGAACCCAGGAAUGAUGCCAGAAACAGCAGACCGAGGUUCAGCACCUGACUACCUUUCUCUUAACACAGCCCUCCAAUGGAAAAUGACCCAUAAAAAAGUCAAGAAGGCAUCGAAACUCCCUCCCCUCCCAGGAGCAGACCAACUCGAGCACCUCCACGACCGCGAUCACGUCUUCAUAAUCGACGACUCCGCAUCCAUGACCCCCGUCUGGGCGGACGUCAAACGCCUCUUCGAAGCCCUCUCCUACAUCGUAAAACCCAUGUCCCCCAAGGGCACCGAACUAAUCUUCACCGUAUCCUACGACGCGUGGCAGCGGCGCGACACGUCCGAACUGUGCUCCUUCCUCGACAAGAAGACGUGCGCGGGCGAGACGGACAUCUCGUGGCGUCUCGGCGUGCAGUUCUCGCUGUACAAGAAUCGCUUUAUUAAUGAGAAGAAGAAGGAGUUGCUAGGGAAGAAGUUCGAGCCGGUCCGUCCGGUGAGUUUCUAUGUGCUGACGAAUGGGGAGUGGAGGAAGGAGGGCGGGGCGGUGAGGAAGGUGUUGGAGGAUAUGGUAGCGUGGAUGAAGGAGAUUAGUAAGCCGGGGUGGUGUACGGUGGAGUUUGUGAGCUUUGCGCAGAGUGCCAAGGCCAUGGGGCAUUUUGGGGAUUUGGCGGGGUUGGAGUUUGAUAUGGAUGUACACGAUUGUACGCGAUGGACAGGCAACGUUCUCAAGAUGCUACGAGGACCCCUCGAUAAAGCGCUCUACGCGGACGAUUCAAACGCGGGCGCUGGUGGGCCACCUGCUACGGCGAAUGGAGGCGGGAGCCAGGUUUCCUCUGGUCCGUCGAGCGUGGGGAGUUCGGUCAUGUUCUCGCAUCCGAAUGUGGGGAGUUCGUUCGAGCUGGCUUGAUGAUCUUCGAAGGGGCACGGGGCUUUGGAUCGAAGAAAGACUGAGGCUAGGUGUGGCAUUCUUGUUGGAGGGCUUGGGAAAUUCUCGUUCGUGGACCUAU